CCUAAUACAAAUAUAACAGAAAAAUCAGGGUCAGCCGUGCUGCACCCUCUUCAUCUAACUUGUGUGCUGCCUCUCAGGUCUGCAGAGUCUUGUGGUUGGCCCCAAGCAUACGGGCAACAGACCACUCCAUCAGAACAUUUUCUUAUUUGUCAUUUUCUAACUUAAGUGAUUUUAGUAGUGAGUGUGUGUAUGCAAUAUACAUAUGGAUUAUCAUGGCAACAAACAAAGGUAAACAAAGUUAGUAGGCUCUAAACAAUUAGAAUCUGCGCCAGACUAUUUCAUAAUUAAAAAACUAAAAUAAAGUUAUAAGAAUGUGUAAUAACAAUGACACUUUGAGGUGUUAACAGACCAACAAGUCAUCAUUAUACAGAGGUUUCAGGUUAAAAGGUUUCAAAAUGACUCAAACUUAUCAAACUUUAUUUUUGUUGUUUAUUAACUUAUAAAAGUAGUGGGUUUGUGUUCUACAACAAAGAAAAUGUCUUCAUUAAUCGCACAUAAAUAUAUACGUAAUAACAAAGUUAGUUGACUGCAGGUGUACCUUUACAAAAGUGUCGAAGAAGUCACAUGGUGUGUGUGUGUGUGUGUGUGUGUGUGUGAACUCUGCUGUCAGCUCGCAGUCGACUUCCUCUGACAGCUCAGACGACGCAACGCCCAUCGCUUUUGUGUGCAUGUGUAUGCGUACGUGCGCGCGCAUUAAAGAGUGACACGACAGGAGGCAACAACAAAAAAAAAAAAAAAAAAAAAAAACACAGUCAGUCAGUCCAAAACAUGGCGAGGCUGAGCGAGCAUGGGAUCCGUCUCAGUUCCAUGAGCCCUUCCUUCCUGAACAGCAACUCCACCAGUCACACCUGGCCCUUCAGCGCGGUGGCGGAGCUCAUAGACAAUGCAUCAGAUCCUGGCGUAUCCGCCAAACAGAUCUGGAUAGAUGUAGUGGAGGAGGCCGGUCAGCGGUGUCUGACGUUCACUGAUAACGGCAGCGGCAUGACACCCAACAAGCUGCACAAGAUGCUCAGCUUUGGUUUCACGGAAAAGGGUUCGGGUAAGGCCAGUCAGCACGCCAUCGGGGUGUACGGGAACGGUUUCAAGUCCGGCUCCAUGCGUCUGGGCCGCGACGCGCUCAUCUUCACCAAGAACGGCGGAUGCCAGACUGUGGGGAUGUUGUCUCAGACCUACCUGGAGAACAUCAAGGCCCAGGCCGUCAUCGUCCCCAUUGUGCCCUUCAACCAACAAACCAAGUCUCUGGUGACAACCGAGGACUCGGAGGCCAGCCUGGCAGCCAUCCUCACCAACUCCAUCAUCACCUCCCUGGAGCAGAUACACGUGCACUUUGACUCCAUACCCGCCAAGAAGGGCACCAAGAUACUGAUCUGGAACAUCCGCAGGGCCAAAGACGGCAACCCGGAGAUCGAUUUUGAUACCGACACGGCUGACUUCCGCCUCCCCUCGAUUCAGAUCGAGGAGCUGAGGAAGGGUCUGAGGAGCAGCGGGACCCUGAGAGCUGAACAGAACAUCCCAGACAUGCACUACAGUCUCAGGGCCUACCUCAGCAUCUUGUACCUGAAGCCGAGGACGCAGGUUAUUCUGAGGGGGAAGAAGAAUCUGCCGAAACUGGUAGCGAAGAGGCUGAAACACGUUGAGCACGACGUGUACAAACCCCACUUCAGUAAAGAGAAGGUGAAGGUGACCUUUGGACUGACCCCGAAAAACAAAGACCACUAUGGCAUCAUGAUGUACCACAAGAACCGACUCAUUAAAGCCUACGAGAAAGUGGGCUGCCAGCUGAAGGCUUCAGGUCAACGGGUAGGAGUCGGCGUCAUCGGUGUCAUCGAGUGCAACUUUCUCAGACCUGCUCACAACAAGCAAGACUUCGAAUACACCAAAGAAUACAGACUCACCCUCGGCGCUCUGGGCCUAAAACUCAACGACUACUGGAGAGAGGUGACAGAGAAGAAGGCCAGAGAGCGAGAGUUUCAGGCUCUGGACAGAGACAACAGCGAGGACGAUCCUGACGAUGUCGAGGCUCCUGUGUGGUUACAGUGUGAAGAGUGCCUGAAGUGGCGAAGCGUCCCCGCAGAUCAUUACGACGUCGUUCCUGAGAGCUGGAACUGCAGCCAGAACCCCAAUCCACGUUACAGAAGCUGCUCGUCACCGGAGGAAGCAGAAGACAGCGAGGAACUGUUGACACCCAGCUACCAGAAGAACCACAAGAAGCAUGAACAGCCCAAAAGCAGAAAACGAGAGAGAUCCCUGGAGGUGUGUGUGCCCCAGGACCCAGCGGCCAAACAUCAAAUCCUGUUGCGCAGCUCAUCAGAGCCGAGCCAGCGCGUGGGAUCAGAAGAUCAGUGCCAGGCAGAGGACGACAGUGCCGAUCAGACAACAAGUGCAGACGACCCGGGAGAUAAUCAAACAGACACGCAUGCAAACGAGGAUGCAGGCGAGCAAAAUGCAGCCUCGGCCGAAGCAACGCACACACGACGAGAGUCGACUGGAAGAGACACGGUCAUUAAAGACAUGAUACAAGGGCAGGAGGAAACUGAGACGAGUGACCGCAGGCGUGAAGAUGAAGAGGGAAACAAAAAGAAAGACAGAAGUGCAGAGCCGACGGAGAGAGAGAGGGAGAGACCCACAUUAAGCCUCAAAAGGAAACCGGGAUCAUUAUUUUACUGUGUGAAAAAGAAGCCGUGUCUUUGGGAGGUGCGAAAGCCCGACUCAGAAAAUAUGGCGGAGGAGAAAAAUCCCGGGAAACAAAAAGAUGCAACUGAAACACCAUCCUCGGAGAAGACCAAGCAGGACGGCAGCAGCCGAGCAGAGAAACAGGCGGACAAGGCGCAGCGAGUCGUCACCAACCUCACCUGGACCCACUCUCUCCCCUCCACCCAGACCGUGAUGGUGUCUCCACUGAGUCGGACAGAGGGGCCGCGGAGCAGACCGCCGCCUCCGCAGGGGAGCGACUGGGACGUUAAUGUGCAGAGGCUGGCCGGGUUGGAGAAAGAGGCCCAGAGGCUACGGAGGCUUCUGGGUCUGGAAAUCAAGAAGACAACGCAAGGCACGAUGACGACCGCAGACGGAGGGCCGGCGACCGCGGACAGCAGAGAGGUCGGCUGCCAGACGGACGAUGCCGAGAGCUCCACCUCAUCCAGCAGCCCAGAUCGGGCUUCGGGACUCGAGGAGGUGCUGGCCCAGGGUCAGGGAGCUGUGUGUGGGCCGAAGGAGCAGCCUGAGCAGGACAGACCCAGUAAGGACAAGAUGGAAAGUCAGAGCAGGGUGAGAGCCAGCGACAACGAGGCCUUUGAAGACAUCAGAUCGCCACAGGAGAGUCUGCUCGGCAUCCGCAACAACGUAGUGGUGCUUCUCACGGCCCUCCUGCCCCAUCUGGACCUGGGCGGCAUCAGCAUGGAGACCACGGAUGUGGACAACGUCCUGCAGCAGAUCAUAGAGGUCAACUCACUCAAACUAUGAUCGGCACUGCUGUACAACCCACGCAGACGUCCUGUGUUUCCUGUAUUCCGUGAAGCAAAGAAAGGAAGAUUUACUAACUUUGUUGUAAAAGAGGAGAAUACUCCUGAGUGUUUUAGCAUCUACACAAACACGUUGGUAGUUAGCGAAAAAAAAAUUUGUACCGUUGUUUUGAACGCAGUGUGUCUGGUGCUCGUCUGUUUCAAGAAGCUUCGCCGAGAGCCUUCCUGCCUGCCUGAUAGGAGCUUCACUUUUAACUUGAAAUGUUCUCAUAAGUUAAAAAUUACGUGAUGUGUGUCAUGUUGCCGCUAUUUGUUUUGCUUCUGUUUAUACUGAUAUAUUUAAUUUUAUACGCACUGUGGCAUCAGAGAGUCGCUGAGUGACGCUUGUUCCCUUGUUGUUCGUUAACAAGACUUUUCUACGUUUGCAUUAAAAUGCUGAAACCAG